AUGUGUAACUGCCAUUCAUUGUUUAAUCAAUUCAACCCAGACGAAAAAGAUUACGAUCAGACAGAACAAAUGGAGUUGUACGACAUGUUCAUCCUGGUCAAGAAAUCUUACAGUAGAGCCACGGCCAGCUUCUUCUACGCCAUGCAUUCCAUAGAGAAACCAUUCCUACCCGAUAGCUCUCAGCUGAUCCAGUCGUACAGGGAAUUCCUAUUUGUUUGUCAGAUUCCCUUUCCGAUAGAGUUGCAGUACGAAAGCCUGAGAUUCAUGCAGGCUGAAAAUAGAUUGAAAGAAUUCCAGGAGAAGUGCAAAAAGAUGCAAGACGAAAUGAAGGAAUAUGAUAAACCAAAAGAAGAAUAUUGGGAGUUGGACGAAACUCGAGACAAAGCCGAUGAAUUUUACACUCCGAUACUCAAUGAAUAUAUAGAUUAUCUCGAAGGAGAUGUGAGAGUAGCUAAAUUCUUGUGGAGGCCAGCCUUAACUAGAUUUUAA